CUCCCCAACAUUGCUUGCCCGUCGCCGCUUGCAACAGUGACAGUUGAACGUGCAAGACCGAUCUCCACUCAAGUCUGCGCUAGAAAAGCUUAACUGGGCCUACCUACCCGCCUCGUACACACAAACACUACAAUGUCGUUCUCGGCGGACAAAUUGCCUAUUCUACAGCGCUCGGGGACCUUCAGCAACAGGCGGUUCUCGUCGACCAAGGAUCCCACGGAGAACGAGCUCACCUCCAAGAUCCACCGACAAUUUCGCGAUUCCCACGAAGGACACAAGCCUCACGCUGGUCUCGACCCUACACGUGCCUCCACUGGUGUGGUAUGGACCUCUGAACGCGCCUACGAGCACGGCUACCUCGAAAAUCCCGACCAGUGGGCAAACUUAGGCCAGGGUGCGCCCGAAGUCGACGACGAGAUCAAGGGAUGCUUCGAGAGGCCUAAGGAGGUCGACAUUUCGAGCCAUGGGCGUGAAUACGGCCCUACCGCUGGUAUCAAGCCGCUCCGUGAAGCUGUUGCCAAACUGUACAAUGAGCAUCAUCGCAAGUGGAGGAAGUCGCAAUACACCUGGGAGAAUGUUUGCAUCGUGCCUGGUGGACGUGCGGGUUUGAUCCGUAUUGCGGCGGUGCUGGGCAACUGCUACUUGGGAUUCUUCAUUCCUGACUACACUGCGUACAACGAGAUGUUGUCGCUUUUCCGUAACAUCGCGGCCAUUCCCAUUCCCCUCGGAGAAGACGACAAUUACCACAUGACGCCCGACCUCAUCGCAACUGAAAUCGCCCGUGGUACCUCCGUCAUCUUGACCUCCAACCCGCGCAACCCCACCGGCCAGAUGAUCACGAACCCGGAGCUCGCCCAGAUCCAAAACAUCUGCCGCGACCGCGCAACCCUCAUCAUGGACGAGUUCUACUGCGGUUACAACUACACGACUAACUGCGACGGCACCGUCAUAUCGGCGGCCGACAACGUCGAAGACGUCGACGAGGACGACGUGCUCAUCAUCGACGGGCUUACCAAGCGGUUCCGCCUGCCCGGCUGGCGCGUUGCCUGGAUCCUGGGUCCCAAAGAGUUCAUCCAGGCCAUUGGCAGCUGCGGGUCCUAUCUCGACGGCGGCUGCAACGUGCCCUUCCAGGAGGCCGCCGUCAGCAUGCUCGAGCCGCCGCGUGUCCGUAACGAGAUGCGCGCGCUGCAGAUGCACUUCCGCACCAAGCGCGAUUUCGUUAUCGGCCGUCUCCAGGAAAUGGGCUUCAAGUUUCCCUUCAUGCCAAACUCGACGUUCUACAUCUGGCUCGACCUGUCAGACCUGCCCGACAGCAUCGCCGACGGACUCAACUUCUUCCAGGCGUGUCUCGAGGAGAAGGUCAUUGUUGUACCGGGUAUCUUCUUCGACUUGAACCCGAGUAAGCGUAGGGAUCUGUUUGACUCGCCGUGCCACCACUUUGUGAGGUUGAGCUACGGCCCCAGGAUGGAUGUCCUGGCCAAGGGUAUGGAUUCCAUUGAGAGGAUCGUCAAGAACCACAAGGCGAACCCGCGCCCGAGACACAAUGUCAGGCCCAGGGGUAGCGCUAUCGCUUAGAUGAAUUGUCUGAGCAAGAAUAAACAAGCAACAUGUGUGCUGUUUCAUGCAUUGGCAAGACAGGCUUUGGAUGGCCAAUGAAAAUGUGGCUAGAGGUUUGGGGAAGUAUGUCCAUAGAAUGGUUGAAUGACCAAAGAUAUCCAAAUACAUGCUGAU